AUGCCAAACUUCUGCACAGCCCCCAACUGCACGCGGAAGAGCACGCAGUCCGACCUGGCCUUCAGGUUUCUGCGGGAUCCGGCCAGAUGCCAGAAGUGGAUGGAGAAUUGUAGGAGAGCAGACUUAGAAGAUAAAACACCUGAUCAACUAAAUAAACAUUAUCGACUGUGUGCCAAACACUUUGAGACCUCUAUGAUCUGUAGAACUAUAUAUUUUGCAGAGAGUCCUUAUAGGACUGUUCUUCGAGAUAAUGCAAUACCAACAAUAUUUGAUCUUACCAGUCAUUUGAACAAUCCACACAGUAGACAUGGAAAACGAAUAAAAGAAUUGAGUGAAGAUGAAAUCAGGACACGGAAACAGAAAAAAACUGAUGAAACUUCAGAACAGGAACAGAAUCAUAAAGCAACAAACAAUAGCAAUGCUCACAAUCCCAGUGCAGAAGUGGUAGAUGACGAGCAAGCUGAAGACGUUUUACCUUUAACCCUUGAAGAGAAGGAAAACAAGGACUACUUAAGGUCUCUGCUUGAAAUUUUGAUUCUGAUGGGAAAACAAAACAUACCUUUGGAUGGGCACGAGACUGACGAAAUUCCAGAAGGUCUUUUUAUGCCUGAUAACUUUCAAGAAUUGCUAGAGUGCCGGAUAAAUUCUGGUGAAGAGGUUCUGAGAAAGCGCUUUGAGACCACAGCUGUUAACACAUUGUUUUGUUUAAAAACGCAGCAGAAACAGAUGCUAGAGAUCUGUGAGAGCUGUUUUCGGGGAGAAACCCUCCGGGAAGUGAGAGACUCACACUUCUUUUCCAUCGUUACUGAUGACGUGGUGGACAUAGCAGGGGAGUUCUUACCUGUCUUGGUGAGGUUUGUCGAUGAAUCUCAUAACCUAAGGGAAGAGUGUGUGGGCUUCUUGCAUUAUGAAGCUGAUGCAGAAAUUUUUGCCAUUAAAUUUCACACUACAAUCACUGAGAAGUGGGGGCUGAGUAUGGAGUAUUGUCGUGGCCAGCCUUAUAUUUGUGUGUUCCUCAUCCUCGGGGGAGCCCUUCAGACCAAGAUCCUGGAUGCCUCACCAUCCAUGAACCAGAAACCGUCACUGCACAAGGUUGUCCUACAGCCAAACUUCCAGGAUAACCAGGUAAGGGCUCUGGAAGGGCAGCUGCAGGGGGCUUCUUUGGAACACAGACAAUGGGAUGACAAGCGAGGACAGGCCAAAGGACUCAGAGGCAGAUUUGGAUGGGAAGACCAGGACGCAGAAACAAGGUCCAGCGCAUGUCAGGCCCACACCUGGGCCCAGGUGCACAGGGUUCUGCCCAGACGCACCAGAAGAGCAGCACGGAAGGGGCACCUCUGGGGCCAUCUCCGGGCUCUGCCUGUUAUCAGCCCCUUGCAGUUCCAGGGGAAGUGGUACGCCUUGGGUGUGGCAGACACCACCAUUCAGAAUGGAAGGAAACACCAGUUAACCAUGUACAGCGUCAACUAUAAGCUGCAAAGGGACCACAGCUUCUACGUAAACACCACGAAGCUCAGGGAAGAUGGGGACAGUUCCUUCCUCCCAGCCAGAGCAGAGAUGACUCUCACCAUUUACCCAUCAGGGAACGGUGGAAUACUGAGCUACAACAUGAGAGUGGCAGCCACCAACUACAAUCAGUUUGCCAUAGUUUACGUGGAGAAGAAUGUCAGAUUCAAGUGGUACUUCGAGCUCACACUCUAUGGAAGAACCAAAUAUCUGUGCCCUCGACUGAAGAAGCACUUCAUCAAAUUUGCCAAAUCUGUGGGCUUCGCUAAGAACAACAUUGCCUUCCCCGUCUCUGUUGGUCUACAGUACCAGCAGGAGGAGAGUGAGUCCAUGUUCUGUGUGUCCUCCAUUCCCCUGGAUCUGAGGCGCCAGUACGAGGAGAGUGAGUCCAUGCUCUGCACCCCCUCUGUUGCCCCAGGUCUGCAGCACCAGCAGGAAGAGACUGAGUUUGUGCUCUGCAUAUCCUCCAUUGUCCUGGGUCCAUGGUGCGAGCAGGAAGAGAGUGAGUCUGUGCUCUGUGUGUCCUCUGUUGUCCUGGAUCCAUGGUGCCAGCAGGAAGAGAGUGAAUCCAUGCUCUGCGUGUCCUCCAUUGCCCCAGGUCUGAGGAGCCAGUGGGAGGAAAGUGAGUCUGUGCUCUGUGUGUCCUCCAUUACCCUGGGUCCACGGCACCAGUCGGAAGAGAGUGAGUCCAUGCUCUGCGUGUCCUCCGUUACCUCAGGUCCAUGGCACCAGUAG